AGUUCAAUGAUAGGGAUAGCUUGGCAGACAGGUAGGGUCGUUGUCGUUUCGUUCACGGCGCCUUUACAGGAUUAUAGAUUGUGCAAGAGCUGAUCCUGAGCAGAUCCUGCUUUUAACGAAAUAGGGCGAUGCGAAUACUUUCAAAACAACGGAUCAGUGAGGUCUUCACGAUUUCAGAAAUAGCCGCUCGCCAGCAGAAGCAGGAAAGACUCACCUCCGGCCAGAAAUAUCCUAUUGCAGAAUAUAACAAAGGGAGCUUGCCUUCCGAUCAGUGUCUCAAUCUUUCAUCGGUCCGUUCUGUUGAUCCAUUAGCACUCGGAACAUACCUCUGCCCUCAAAAGUUCUCCCACAGACUGGCCAGAAGUAAAUCCGACAGAAGAUGGAUCCUUGGCUCUCUGCCUGUAAUCCCUCUCACAGUGGCAGCAAUCAUUGCAGUCCUUUGUUACAGCUUGUCACCUGCUAUCUCCAUUUUUUAUCUGAGUGGAAGUCUAGAAAUCUCAAACCUCACCUACACCAAUGAACUGGGAGACCCACGCUCAAAACAAUUCAUCUCACAAGCACAAGCUGUCCAAAAUUAUUUUUCAGAACUGUACGAGCCAUCUAUAUUGGGGAAAUAUUACCUGAAAUCUGUCAUCACUGCAUUUAGUGAAGGAGAAGAAGGACUUCGAGCCUAUUAUUGGAGUAAGUUCUCGGCUCCAGAGGACGUAGCACACUACAUCAAGAAUACAACUACAUCUAGUUUGCAACAUGUCAAUGGAAAGAAGUUGAAAAUCCCCUUAUUGAACUCUUCUGAAGAGAUUUCCUCUGCUGAAGAAGAUUUUGAUGUUUACACAAUUGAGCUAUUUGCUUCAGGAUCUGAAGAAUAUGACCUAACUGUCAAAUCAGCGAUUUCUUUUGACCUCUAUGCAAAACCAGGUAACAAUCGGACACUGACGCUAACACGGCCAAAAAGAUCGUACUACCAAUGGCGACUGCGAGUUCCGGCAGGGCAUAUUGUACACUUAGUGAUUCUGACGCUACACGGGGCGAUUCCAGGAAACUGUGCAAUCCAUAAACUAUCUGCUUAUGAUUUCCUACUCCCCAUUCAGAACAAAAUAAUUGCACGGUGGUGCGGUUCACCUGUCAGCUGGAACCCUCCUGUUAUCAGAUUGACUUCAUCCGGCAAUGUGAUGUUGGUGACAUUUUCAUCAAAAAUUCGAAGAGGCGGUGCAGUAUUUAAAGCAUAUUUUGAAGCUAUUCGAAAAAUGGGCUGUGGUGGAAAUUUCAUAUCCUGGAAUGGUUCCUUGAGCUCUCCCUAUUACCCUCGUUACUACCCACCCAAGAUUGACUGUACCUGGACAAUAACCACACCUGCUGUAGGAUAUAAUAUAGUCCUUUCUGUCAUUGUUUUGGAAAUCCAAGAGAGAUCCCAAGGUUCAAGAUACUGUGAUAGGGACUGGUUAGAGAUUGAUGGAAUCAGAUACUGCAAUCGAGUCGCUGAGGGAGGUUUUCAGAAGGUUUAUGGAAGAUCUGUCAAAAUUAAGUUUUCCUCUGAUCAGUCAGUUACCCACAAAGGAUUUUAUUUGGAAUACAGAGCUUUUAGCUAUGAGGAUCCAUGCCCGAAUCAAUUUAAGUGCAAGGAUGGAUCAUGCAUUUCUUUAAAGAGCCACUGCGAUGGAUGGACUGAUUGUCUAGAUGGUAGUGAUGAAAUGAAAUGCAAUUGCUAUUUCACAUGCCCAAGUGGUACCUGUAUUCUCCGCAGGUCAAUUUGCGAUGGAAUAAAUGAUUGUGCAGAUGAAAGUGAUGAACAAAACUGUACGAGAGCACUCCACAAAGGUUGCUCCUUGUCUUCGUAUAAGUGCCACAACGGGAAAUGUCUGAACAAGAUCAAUCCCGAGUGUGAUGGGAAAAGGGACUGCCAGGAUGGUUCAGAUGAAUCAGGCUGUGGUUGUGGAACUAGUCCAACCAAAAGAACAAAAAUAGUUGGGGGUGAAGAUGCCAAGAACGGAAAAUGGCCUUGGCAGGUCAGUCUGCAGAUGGGAUUGUAUGGACACAUAUGUGGUGCAUCUAUCAUCUCAAAUCGUUGGCUUGUUUCAGCUGGCCAUUGUUUCCAAGACUCUGACUCUAUACGAUAUUCCACACCAUCAGCCUGGACCGCAUAUCUAGGCUUACAGCUAAUGAAUAGAAUGAAUGCCAGGAUAGUGACCAGAUCAAUUAAUAGAAUUGUUACCCAUCCUAAAUAUGAUGAAUUCACAUCAGAUUAUGAUAUUGCAUUAUUAGAACUGAAGACACCCGUCUUCUUUAGCGAUUCCAUCCAACCUGUCUGUUUACCAGCGACUACUCAUAUCUUCGCUUCCACUGCAAGCUGCUAUGUCACUGGCUGGGGAGUCCUUGGAGAAGAUGGUGAACUAGCAACAGUUCUUCAGGAGGCUAGUGUAAAAAUUAUUCCCCCUGGUAUUUGUAACAAACUAUAUGAGAACUCUGUGACUUCCAGAAUGCUUUGUGCAGGCUAUCUUCACGGUGGAAUUGAUGCUUGUCAGGGUGACUCUGGAGGUCCAUUGGUGUGUCUGGGCAAGAGAAGAAAAUGGUUUUUAGCGGGAAUAGUCAGCUGGGGAGAAGGCUGUGCUCGACGUAAUCGUCCUGGAGUUUAUACUCGUGUUUCUAGAUUUUCUGACUGGAUCAAGCAACAAAUCAACUGAAACUUGAUUAAAAUUUAUUCAAUGACAAUAUUCAUCUUGUUUUGUAAUAAUGCAGUAUUUUCCUGCUUGUGAAUCCCAAACGAGCUUGAAGCAUGCUCACUGACUCAAUAAGCUAAUGCUAUGAAGGUUCAACAACCAGAAAUGGGCAUUGUCAGAAUAAUCAGAAACCUUGGCAGGAAUAAAUACAUAGAACAAUGGCUUGUAGUUUAUGGAUGUUUCCUACUAAGAAAUUUUUGUUACUGGAUUGAGUUAUGCUAUACCUGGCAUAUUAUAUUCAUAGGAAUAGUAUCUUUGUUUUUGUCAAAUAAAUAUGUUUUAUUACAGUGCAAUAUCUAUACGUUUUAUCAAGAUUUUCAAAUUAUUUUAGGGGGUUUUAUAUAUAAUUUGUUUAGGGGAAGACUGUAGCACUGUUAACUCAGCGGUACUUUACUGUUUAAUAAUUAGAGUUAUGAGAAUGGUUUUACUUUGAAUUACAGUUUUGGAAAAAUAAGUUUGAAAUUUAUGUUUAAUUCUGACCUGGUAUGUCAUUCAUAAUUUAUAAAUAAUUUCAUGCCGAAUCUUUGCAUAAAGGUUACAAAUAUUUUCAGAACCUUUAUUCAGAUUUCCUGUUUAUUUUAAAUUGCACAAAGCAUUAACACAACAGUAACUCCAUCUUCCAUGCUUUAUUGUAUGCUAGUGUAAUUAAUUAACCAGUACAUUGACAAAUUUUUGAUCAGUGCUACAC